AUGUCCGCCGAAGAACACGCUUUUUUGUACGGCAACAACACCUCUUCAACAGCUACAGACGAUGCUACCCCCAACCCCUUCGACUUGGAGACACUGGACCGCAUCGUGGUGACGGAUCAAGCCAUGGGCGCCCGGUGUGCCGUGGCGGCGGACUUUGAUGGCGACGGGCGACAAGACUUGGUGAGCGCCAGUUCCAACGACAAUGCUGUUUCGUGGUAUCGCAACGAAGGACCCAACGAAGACGGCAGUGGCGUUCGCUUUUCCAUUAAACGCAAAAUCACCUGGUCGUCUCUUGGAUCGCGGAUUGUAACGGUAGCCGAUAUUGACGGCGAUGGCGACAUUGAUGUCGUGGGCGCAUCAUAUUAUGACUCGUCGUUGCGAUGGUUUGAAAAUGACGGUACCGGCACUUUUACGGAACACUUGAUUUCCACAGGCGUCAAUGAAGGACAGGGUGUGGCUGUGGCCGAUGUCGAUAACGACGGUGAUCCCGAUAUUAUCUGUGCCUCGUCGGGAGAUAAUACCAUUGCCGUAUUCAAAAAUUUGGGUGGAGGGGUGUGUAAUCGAAAUUCCGGUUCGGGUCGAAUUUGUCCUUCCGGGCACAUGGCACAGGCAUCCGUCGUGGGAUCUUUGACACUGUUGACUGGACAGGAACACUGGGAAAUGCUGGCUUCCAAGUUGAAACAUCCUGUAUAG